AUGGCGCAUUCUAAUGAGAUCCAAAACUUUAUAAAACAGUAUGCGUGUGAUGAUUGCCCAAUGCUUUUUUCUGAAGCAUCAGAUCUGGCAGAGCAUGCGAAAGUCCAUGGGGAUGAUAAGCCUUGCUCUUGUCCAUAUUGUUUAAAAGCUUUUCCUAGAACUGCAGAAUUGAAGAUACAUAUGGGAGUCCAUACUGGCGAAAAACCCUAUUUGUGUGAACAUUGUUUGAAGCCAUUUUCAGAAGUUACAAGCUUGAAGAAGCAUCUGAGAAUUCACACUGGCGAAAAACCGUAUUUAUGUGAAUAUUGUUCAAAAGUAUACUGCGAGGCUUCAAGCUUGAAGAAGCAUCUGAGUGUACACAAAAAGCCGUAUUUGUGUGAACAUUGUUCGAAGAUAUUUUCCAACAACUCACAAUUAAAAGAACAUAUGAGAGUCCAUACUGGCGAAAACCCCUAUUUGUGUGAACAUUGUUUGAAGCCAUUUUCAAAAGUUUCAAGCUUGAAGAAGCACCUGAGGAUUCACACUGGCGAAAAACCUUAUUCAUGUGAAUAUUGUUUACAAACAUUUAACGACUCUUCAACAUUAAAGAAGCAUCUAAGGGUGCACACUGGCGAAAAGCCGUAUUUGUGUGAACAUUGUUCCAAGGCGUACAAAAUCCAUACGCUAAAGCGUAUUUCGUUCGAGGAAAUAGCCGGGAAAAUGAAAGUGGAAUUCCCGGCACAUGCAUCCCUGUUCACCGGAAAGACUAUAGCAAAUAAGUUUAAAUCCCUGUGGACCAUUUUCAGGGCAAACCUGAAAAAAUUAAAGAAAGUAAAGAGUGGGGCUGGUUGUGAUGAUUUCUCUGUGCCCUGGGCAUAUUUUUCCAGCCUGGAAUUCCUGGAAGGGGCAGAAGCAGCUGCGGAAAGUGUGUCAAAUCUGGAUCAAACAGUGGUUUGCAGUCAACCUGUUACCGCAGAGGAUGAUAUCUCGCUGGGAUAUUCGCAGGAUCCUGCAAUAGAUGAGCUUCUGCAGGAAGUGAGUCAAAAUGAGAGCGAUCCAGCACCGGAAGCAGAAGUAGUAGAUGUUUACCUGGACCCACUGCCGAACAUCAGCAUGGCUCCAGCAGCAGAGUCCUCUGCCAGUGCUGCGUGUUCUGUGCAGGCAUCAAACCUGAAUACCCCACCACCUUCAAAAAAAAAGGGUGGCAACUACCCCUCUAACUUCGCAAAAACAAAGAAAACAGCCCAAAAGCACAGCCAACAAUGGGGAGGAGGAUAAGCUGUUGACAGAGGCGUGCAAAACACUCGCCUCCAUCAAUUCCUCCUGCUCAUCGGCAAAUUUUACCUUGCCACCAGCUGAUGAGGCUUUAGGAAAAUACAUUGCAUCUGCUAUGGGGCAGUUUAAGCACCCCACUGCAAGAAAUAGGUGUGAGAGAGAACUAAUUAGGUUGUUAAUGCA